AUGUGGUUUAGGUCUUCUAUUGGGGCAUUACAAUUUCGCCCUUACUUGAGAAAGUUUAUUCUCGUUUUCUUCGACAACAUUCUUGUGUACAGCAAGUCAGAGGGGGAGCACCUCAAGCAUCUCCAAAUCACUUUAGAGACUCUUAGACAACACAAGUUGUAUGCAAAACAGUCCAAUUGCUCAUUUUGGUGCAAGGAAAUAACUUAUAUCGGCCACUUAAUAUCAGCUCAAGGUGCUAGAGCUGAUCCUGAUAAGCUCAAGGCCAUGGUGGAGUGGCCACUUCCUAAUUCUCUCAAGGCCUUCAGAGGAUUUUUGGGCCUAACGGGUUAUUACCACAAAAUCAUAACAGGUUACGAGGGAAUCGAUGCUCCUCUCACUCGGAUGCUAAAAAAGGAUGGUUUUCAAUAG